AGACCCCUCAGGCUCGGCCGCUACUCCGAGCGCCUCAGACUCCGCCGCGCCGCCACCCCGGCCGCCGGCCCCCGCGCCGGCCCCCCGGGCUCCUGCGGGCCGGCCCGCGGGACAAUGGACAGUGGCCUCCCUCCGGGGAGCAGGUGGGCUGGCGGGCCAGGCGGCCUCGGGCCGGGAGAAGGAGCCGCUCCCUCCCAGGUAGUCGAGCUCCCUGUGAAGAACCAGCUACAUACAUCACCAGUCUGGGUUAGAGUGCUCUCAGAGCACAAGCCCAUGGAGCUGCUGUGACUCUGAGCUCUGCUUAUGGGGGAAGCAUUUUCAUCUUCUCUAAAGGAGGAGAUUGGCCAUCUGUCUAACCACAUCCAGCCCACUCCUCUGACCUCCCAGAGCUGCUCUGUUCUGAGAUGUUGAACCCAGAGCCUUCCAAGUACAAGGUAUCCAGCACUGAGUCACAGCUUCAGCCCCGAAGAGAUCUAUAUGAAAAAAGCCAUCCUAUAGCAAGGAAACAACCUUGACCUUCUACAAAAAUGAACUCAGAACAGAUCACUAAAUGUUAGGUCAAACGUGCCCAGAGCCGGGAGGCACAGGGGGCACAGGUCCGUGCCCACGGAUCCUGCUGCCUCAUCGUGCGGCUCCCCUCCUCCAUCCUCAUCUGCAGUCUCUGCCUGCAGGUGACCCCCUUUGGGCCCCAUCUAUCCUUCCGUACACCCUGCUUGGUGCCUGGAGCCCGCACCCUCAGCCACAUCUCUGGAGUAAGAUGGAGUCCAAGGUGUCGGAAGGCGGCCUGAACGUGACCUUGACCAUCCGCCUUCUGAUGCACGGCAAGGAGGUUGGCAGCAUCAUUGGGAAGAAAGGAGAGACCGUGAAGAAAAUGCGGGAAGAGAGUGGGGCAAGGAUCAAUAUUUCAGAGGGAAACUGCCCAGAACGGAUCGUGACCAUUACAGGCCCCACAGAUGCCAUCUUCAAGGCCUUCGCCAUGAUCGCCUACAAGUUUGAGGAGGACAUCAUCAACUCCAUGAGCAACAGCCCUGCCACCAGCAAACCCCCAGUGACACUGAGGCUGGUGGUCCCAGCAAGCCAGUGUGGAUCCCUGAUUGGGAAAGGCGGCUCCAAGAUCAAGGAGAUCAGGGAGUCCACAGGUGCUCAGGUCCAGGUGGCUGGGGACAUGCUGCCCAACUCCACAGAGCGGGCAGUGACCAUCUCGGGGACCCCCGAUGCCAUCAUCCAAUGCGUUAAGCAGAUCUGUGUGGUCAUGCUGGAGGGCACAGGCCAGGCAAGCAGCCAUCACCAUGGCCCUAAAGGAGGGACCGUGGGACAGAUGGCAGGGGAUUGGAGAGUUGCACAUGUUGGAGGUGGUCAGGUAAGAGCCGACCCGCUCGCGGCCUCCACUGCCAACCUCAGCCUUUUACUGCAGCCCCCGCCGCUGCCCGCCUACACCAUCCAGGGACAGUACGCCAUCCCCCAUCCAGAUCAGUUGACCAAGCUCCACCAGCUGGCCAUGCAGCAAACCCCCUUUCCUCCCCUCGGACAGACCAACCCCGCUUUCCCUGGAGAAAAGCUGCCUUUGCACUCCUCGGAAGAAGCUCAAAAUCUGAUGGGCCAGUCGUCAGGUCUGGACGCCAGCCCCCCGGCCAGCACCCACGAACUCACCAUCCCCAAUGAUCUGAUCGGCUGCAUCAUUGGCCGCCAGGGGACCAAAAUCAACGAGAUCCGGCAGAUGUCUGGGGCGCAGAUCAAGAUCGCCAAUGCCACCGAGGGCUCUUCUGAGCGACAGAUCACCAUCACCGGGAGCCCGGCCAACAUCAGCCUGGCCCAGUACCUCAUCAACGCCAGGCUGACGUCUGAGGUCACUGGGAUGGGCUCCCUCUAACCGGCCCUGCGUCCCAGGACCCACAGACAGACAUGCCCUCAUCACCGGUAGAAAUGCAGGCUCCCUGUGACAGGAGGCAUCUGCCAUAGAGACAGCAGCGAGGUCCGUCUGUCCAUCUGUCCGUCUGCUCCAGGCUCCCUUCCGCUCCUCCCAUCAUGCUUUCGUCUCCGCAUCGGCAUGUCCUUGUGUCUGCGCUUUGGGCCUCCCACUUGGCGUGUAGACGUGUCCCAGCCUCAGUGCUCGCUGUAGGAGGGGGUUGACACGUCCAGAGCCUGCCAUGAGCCCCCCUCUGCCCCUCCUACCAACUUGGUGUGCCCUGGCAGCGGGUGCACC